AUGCAGGCGACAGUCGCACCGAAUUGGCAGCAGGCCAUCUUUCUACGCUUGCAAGAGCGUGAUACGCUCGAGAAGCAGCACGACGCUGUCUUUCAUCACUAUCGCAAGCUGACAGAACAGACACGUCUGCUGAAGCAACGCAAUCGAGCGCUGCUCAGUGCUGCAGCAGCUGCCACAUCCACCUCGGCCGCUAACGCAGUCGCCGGUGCCUCCUCCCCCUCGUCCUCAGCAACGCCGGCAAACCCUGUCCAACUGGCAUAUAUCACCUCUCUCGAGCAGCAGCUGUCCACUCUUCGCGAUGAAGUCGCCACACUCUACAAGACGCAAGGCCAAAACGCCCAGCGUCUGCUCCUCAUGAGCGAGUCCCACCGCGAAAAGGAGGAGGAAGCACGGCGACAAUCCGAGCUGCUCGCCAAACUCCAGCUGGACUACGAGAAGCUCAAACGCCAAGCGGAAGAUCUCAUCCAUGCCGCUGGAGAGAAGGACAGAGGGAUACAGAUCCUGCAGGAUGAGUUGGCCACGUUGAGUCUGGAACUCAGCCAGAUCGAGACAAGGAACGAGGAUCUCAAGAAGGAUAAUGCAAGUUUGUUGCAAAGGUGGCUGGAUCGGAUGAAUGAGGAGGCGGAUAAGAUGAAUGAGGGGACGAUCUGGUUGGAGGAGGUGCGGAAGAGGAGGGAGAGCUCGUCGCCUGCUGAAGAGAGGGCCGGCGUGGGAGGGGAUGGGGCCGCUUCGUCGCCGUCGGCGGCAAAGUCGUAA